GAUUUAAUGGGUGUCUAGAUUCUGCAUAGGUAGAUAGGUAGGUUUGAAUGCGGCAUUAUAUAAACCCUUUUGCCUGAAGUGGAAAGUGGUCGAACGAGUUAUCGACCCACGACCAAGUAGUAUGGGUCCCGGAUUGUUGACAGAGUUUAUACUGCAAUGUUCGAGUAAUUGACCACUCAUAGCUUCAACCCCUGAAAGCUAGUAAGCUCGGGAGCGAAUAGCGCUUGGCGAAGGCGUUUAAUAUGCGAUAGGUUCAUUUACAUCGAGGGUUGUUGGCUGAUCUUUUUCGUGAGCUUAUAAAGCUAAGUCAAUAUGAAUCCAAUAUGGACUUUAGCAGAAGUGAGUAGACACAAGACUGAACAGAGCUGCUGGAUGGUCUUGCAUGGGAAGGUAUAUGAUAUUACUUCAUUUGUCCCAAAACACCCAGGAGGUAGAAGUAUUCUGCUAAAAAACGCAGGAAAAGAUGCUUCCGCGGCUUUCGAUUCUGUCCACCCGGUUGAGAUACUGGAGGAGUAUCUAGCACCAGACCAGGUAAUAGGAACGAUUGAGUCAGAUCAUGCUGCCGAGGACUCCAAGGCUCCAAAGUCUAAAGAUGAUUCGCAAUUAGGAUCAAAAGAGCUUUCAUCAAUCACAUUGCCCCCACUUGCAUCAAUGUUAAGCGUGGCAGAGAUUGAAUCGUACGCGAUGAAAUGUCUAUCGCCGAAAGCAAUAUCAUACUACGCCUCUGCCUCCGACGACCAAAUCACGAAAGAAGCCAACGGGAAAAUAUACCGCUCCAUCCUCCUGCGACCACGCGUCUUCGUAGACUGCACGGAGUGUUCCCUAGAGACGUCGCUAGUGGGUAACAAAGUCAACCUACCAAUCUACGUCUCCCCGGCAGCCGUGGCUCGUCUAGCCCACCCGAGCGGCGAAGCCGGGAUCGCAGGGGCGUGCUCGAGAUCCCACGCGCUGCAGAUCAUCAGCAAGAACGCGUCGCUGUCCCCGCGGGCCACCGUGAGCGCGGGGCCCGACGCCGUCUUCGCCUGGCAGCUCUACGUGCUCAAGGACCGCGCGGCGACCGAGCGGACCCUCGCCCAGAUCCGCGAGAUCCCGCAGAUAAAGUUCAUCGUGCUGACGCUCGACGCGCCGUUCCCGGGGAAGCGCGAGGCGGACGAGCGCUUCAAGAUGGCGGAGGUGGCGGGUGGGGCGCCGCCGCAGGCGUGGGGUACGGAGUCCGGGUUGACGUGGCGGAAGACGCUGAAAUGGCUCGGUAGACAUACGAGGCUGCCGAUUGUACUUAAGGGGAUCCAGACGCACGAAGAUGCGUACGCCGCGACGCUGUUCCCUGCUGUUAAAGGGAUUAUCAUUUCGAAUCAUGGCGGUCGGGCCCUUGAUACGGCGCCCCCACCAGUUCAAGUCCUGUUGGAGAUUCGGAAGUUCUGUCCGCAGGUUUUCGAUACCGUCGAUGUGCUUGUUGACGGAGGUGUUAAGCGAGGUACGGAUGUUGUGAAGGCCUUGGCGUUAGGGGCUAAGGGCGUCGGGAUCGGCCGAGCGGCUCUCUAUGGACUCUCAGUCGGAGGAGAAGAGGGUGUCGAGAGAGUGCUUAAGAUUCUCGCGGAUGAAACCCGAACAGCGAUGAGGCUACUUGGAGUAAGGAACGUAUCGGAACUGAACCCACGACAUAUCAAUACAAGUGCUUUAACUUCAGGAUUGUUUGGCGGGCCUUCAGGUCUUGAGGAUGUCGACAGGAUACUCCAGUCGAAGUUGUGAAAGAUCUUAGGAUUGAUCAUAUGGUUGAUCAAUACACCAUCAAAUAGGACAUGGGAGUCAUGCAGCUAUAAAAGCCUUAC